AUGGGCCAGUCGACCAGACGGACGAGUCGAAGCAGAGGACCUGGGGUCGUCCACCUGCUCCAGACUCUCCAUGCAGACGAGUCUGCCGCUCUGGUAAGCCUCGGCUGGAAAAAUGGUCCCCGGGCGCCAGCACGACGGUGGGCACUGACGCAGCAUAAGAGCCUACAGCUCAGACUGGUUAGGUGUUCUCCUCCGCCUCCUCUCACUUCAACGCCAACUGGUACGUGGCCACCUGAGGCGCGUAGGCAGGAUGCAAAUACUCCAGUAAUUGCUGCUGUGGUGCAUCCAUUCAUCCAUCAACCAGUCGGGCCAGGCCCGGGGACGGAGGGUCUCCUCUUCACAUGGGAAGCCUCGGCCGGAGAAAUGGUUCCCGGGCUCUAG